ACGUAAAGCUAUUAAAGAUUUCCUCAUAAAUACAUACAAACUUCCCGACAUGUCCUCUACGAACAAGCGUUUCCGAAUGGCAAUCAACAAAGGUAUCGAGAAAGGCAUUUUCUAUCUUCCCGAUGGCCCAAAAGGUCCUGUCAAACUUACAAAUGAGCAUAAGAUUAAGAAAGAAGAACCUGAUAAUGAUGAAUUACUUGUCUCUUUGUCCAAUGGCCAACGUGGUGCUAUCUAA